GGAAGCAGCGAGGCUGACCCGCUCAGUAGUAAUUCUGCUUUUACGUUCGAGAAGAAAGGAGCGCAGCUUUCAGUGUGGGGCCUCAACGACGGGGACAUUACGACCGCAGCGCACAGCCCCGCACGGCGACAUGGAGGCCGACCGACCAGACCCCAACGGGCCCGGAGCCGCGACGGCAGCCGCGGCCAUCGCUGCGGCGGCGACUGGGGCGGCGACGGCUGGAUGCCCGCAGCCUCGGGAGCCGCAGGACGGGGACGGAGGCCUGUCGCUGCCCGGGAUCCUGCACUUCAUCCAGUACGAGUGGGGCCGUUUCCAGGCCGAGAAGUACCGCUGGGAGGCAGAGAGGGACGAGCUCCGGGCUCAGGUGGCGUUCCUCCAGGGCGAGAGGAAAGGCCAGGAGAACAUGAAGCAGGACCUGGUGAGACGCAUCAAGAUGCUGGAGUACGCCCUGAAACAGGAGAGGGCCAAACACCAGAAGCUAAAGACCGGUACAGACCAGAGUCCCGAGGACAAGAAGCCGGAGCUGGAGGCUGAGCCACUACCAAAUGGCCCGGCAGAGUCCGAUUCCGAGCCAGCCAAUCAGAUGUCCUGGAAGGAGGGACGUCUCCGGGUCUUUCCGGCGGUCUUCCUGGUUCUGCCUGGUCUUCACGACCGGUCUUCCUGGUCGUUCCCGGACGGUCGUCCUGGUGUCUUCCUGGUAGUCCCGGCGGUCCCCCAGGAACGCGGGGAAGGAGAAGCGCCUCGUCCCGUGUGGGGGGCUCCGGUCCUGGACCAGAUCCCCUUCCUGCACGGCUGCAAGGACGACGAGGACGACAGUGACGAGGAGGACGACUUCACGGCCAUGGCCAAGGACUGCAUCGACGGCACCAUCCGGCAAAACAAGAAGCCGCGCGCAAAGGUGGGUCCCGAGCCCAUGACCUCCGACCUGGACCCCGAAGAGGAGGAGGAGGAGGACUCGGAGGACGCGCUCGGAGAGUUUGACUUCCUGGGCUCGGGGGAGGAGGGGGAGGGGGCGGGAGAGGCCCGCCUGUCGGGGGACGGACGGGAGUUAGAGAACCACAGGAACAAGUUACAGGGCAUCAUGUCGGACUUCCCCCCCAAACCCUCCCCCCCCCCUUCGGUGUCGGGACCGGCUCGCCCCGGGGAAGCAGCAGCGGGUGCCCUGGGCUUCUCCUCCGACGUUUUCAUCAUGGACGCCGUGGGGGGCGGGGACAUGAACCUGGGCGAGCUGGCCGACCUCACGGUCGCCAACGACAACGACCUCUCCAUGGACAUGCAGGACCCCCGGGAGGAGUUGAAGAAGACGUGGAACCCGCGCUUCACGCUGCGCAGCCACUUCGACGACGCCAUCCGGGCGCUGACCUUUCACCCCAGCCAGGAGGUGCUGCUCACCGCCUCCGAGGACGGCACCUUGAAGCUGUGGAACCUCAACAAGGCCAUGCACUCCAAGAAGAACGCAGCGCUGGACGUGGAACCCAUCUACACCUUCAGAGCGCACAGCGGGGCGGUGCUGUCUCUGGCCAUGGGCCCUGAGGGUGAAGCAUGCUACAGCGGGGGUCUGGAUGGCUCGGUUCGCUGCUGGAAGAUCCCGGACCUCAACGUGGACCCCUACGACAACUACGACCCGGGCGUUCAGAGCCUGGUCCUGGGGGGCCAUGAGGACGCCGUGUGGGGGCUGGCCUUCUCGGCGGCCCACCGGCGGCUGGCCUCCUGCUCGGCGGACGGCAGCGUGAGGGUCUGGGACCCGCUGGGCUCCGCCCCCUGCCUCUCCGUCCUCAACAAGGAGAAAGAGCGUGGCACCCCCACCUCGGUGGCCUUCGUGACCUCCGACCCCAACCAGGUGGUGGUGUCGUACGACGGCGGCGACACGCUCCUCUACGACCUGAACACUGAGCAGAGCCUCGUCGCCCUGGAGACGCAGACCGUGGACGGGAGCCAGCUGAUCCACCGUGUGGUCAGCCACCCCUCGGAGCCCAUCUCCAUCACCGCCCACGACAACCGCACCAUCCGCUUCCUCGACAACAAGACCGGUAAAGUGGUCCACUCCAUGGUGGCUCACCUGGACGCGGUCACCUGUCUGACCACCGACCCCAAGGGCACGUACCUCAUCUCUGGCAGCCACGACUGCUCGGUGCGCCUGUGGAUGCUGGACAACAGGACGUGCGUGCAGGAGAUCACGGCGCACAGGAAGAAGCACGACGAGGCCAUCCACGACGUGGCCUUCCACCCCUCCCAGCCCUUCAUCGGCAGCGCCGGGGCCGACGCCCUCGCCAAGGUCUUCGUCUAGCGGGACGGCGCCCGCACAGGGUGAGACGGGGCGGAGCAGAACACCGCCUGGACUGAAGAGGACUGGCCUCCCCCCCUGUCCUCCCCCCCUCCCCCCUCCUGUCCCCCCUCCCCCCCCAUCUCCCCUCCUGUCCUCCCUCCCCCCUCCUGGCCUCCCUCCCCCCCUCCUCCUGUCCUCCUGUCCUC